UUUUUUAACUAAUGGAUUAACAAGAUUAUCACAAAAUUGACCCAACUAUUAUAGAAGAUCCUAUGUUAGAUGAUGGUUACACUAGGUAAGUUCUUUACUAUAAUAAUUUGAUUAGAAAAUUUGGAGCUUACAAACCAAAAUUCCAUGGAACUACCCCAGGUUAUUACCCAUUUGAAUGUAUUGAUUACUUUUAUGUCAUUCUAAUGACUAUUUUCACUUGGGGAAUCUGUUUGCCUAUAUGGUAUGGAUUAAUUGAAGCUGGUAUGUACAUUAAAUCUAAAAAUAGCCAAGGCAAAUUCGAAAUAAUAUGCUAUAGUUUGUGCAGUAGUGUUUGUAGGAUUCUAUGUUAUCCAAGCUUUAGCUACAUAUUAUGGUGGAAGAAUGAAGAAAGUGAUUGAGAAUCAAAUGAUUGAGGACAAAUUAAAGGAGAUGUAACAGAAAGAACUUGAUAAGUAAAAACUUCUAGCAGCAAUUUGAAUAAUAUUAAUAUAUAUCAUAUAUUAUGAUUUAUCGUAU